AUGCAUCUUCCUGUGGCUAUUGGGGACUUUGCUGCUGCAGACUUCUCGUGCUCCUUGGAGCAUGUCAAGAACGCUGGCAGAAUCAUCAUCAAUGAUGAGCGCCCACCCCCGGCAUUUUUCAACUUCCCUAUCGGUUACCAAGGCCGGGCAAGCUCAAUUGUCGUCUCAGGAACAGAAAUCGAGAGGCCCUGGGGCCAAUUCAGGAACCCCAAGGCCAUGGGUCCGGAUACUCCCCGAAAUGAGCCUUCUAUUAUUUUCGGGCCAUCGCAGAAGAUGGACUACGAGCUCGAGCUUGCCGCCAUCAUUGGCAAGCCACUGCCUAUGAGGCAGCGUCUGAAUGCAGCCGAUGCUGAUGAACACAUUUUUGGGUUCGUCAUCCUCAAUGACUGGAGCUCCCGGGAUAUCCAAGGAUUCGAGAUGAUGCCUCUCGGGCCCUUCAACGGCAAGAGUGUUGGCUCGACAAUGUCACCAUGGGUGGUGACACUUGAUGCCCUCGAACCGUUCAGAUCGAACGGACAAAUUCAGCGUUCUGUGCCUCAAUAUCUUGAAGAUACCGAUAGGGCAUCUUACAACAUAACAAUGAAGGCAGAAAUCGUGGCUCGAGGCGACGCUACGACUGUUGGCACCUGCAGGGUGCAAGAUCUCUACUGGAGCAUGAGGCAAAUGACGGCCCACGCAGUAAGCUCGGGCGCUUCGCUUCGCACGGGCGACGUGCUGGCAACAGGGACAGUCAGCGGACCCGGAGAGGGCGCCCUAGGCUGUUUAUUAGAGGUUACAAGCGGAGGAUCAGCGCCUGUGGUACUGAAGGAUGGCAGCACGCGCGCGUUUCUGGAAGACGGAGACAUGGUACGGAUGACGGCUAUGGCUGGAAAUGGAGAUGAUGGCGUGGGCUUUGGCGAGUGCGUAGGCACGAUCGUACCAAAUCGCCCAUUUCCAGAGUAG